UUUUUUUCACACACGGACUUUCUUAUAAUAGGGUUUCGUAAAUCGAACGCGCUAUUACGUCGUUAUCGCGCAAACCCGUAAGUCGCGGUUAAUUGCACGAGCUAAACGAUGAACCGCAGCGUUAUACGAUUGUAAAUGACGCUUUACGAGAGCGGCGCGCGUCUUCGUUAAAAUUACGAAGGCUAUAGUUAUACGCAGCGCAAGCCUGUAAACCUUUAUCAGGCCUAUUCUUAUCGCCGGCUCGUAUCGGCGUGCGACGAUAUGCGCGGAGAAGCGCCCACUAACAAAAACAACGAGAGCGAGAGAAGGAAAGAAACGAACGAAUUUUAUUUCAUUUGCCUCCCGAGAUAGUUUUCUCGCACGGACGAGAAAAUCGUUGGCGCAUCAGUUUGGAAAAAAAAAAAAAAAAAAAAAGAAUUCACAGCCACGAGUCCUCGAGAUAAGUACGAUAGUACGCGAAGACGUUCCAUUAGAUAUUAUGUCACCGCAGUCUGCGAAGGACGUAGUUUUUUUUUUUUUAUAGAAUUAAGCGAAACGUUACGUAUCUCGCUUAUAGACGUUUCGAUUCAUAAAGACGUUGAGAAACAGCCUUUUCCGAUAUAUUCGUGCGGCUGCUCAUUUCAAUUUUCAAAAUCCGAUCGCAGCUCGCUUUCGCAAAAGUAACGGACACCCGUGUCGUAACUCCGGCUUCUUGAGUUGCGCUCGCUUUUUGCUUCGAUGAUCGCUUCCGAGUAAUAGAGAUGAUAGAACUUGCGGUUUCUGGCACUUGGCACGUUUAUCGAAAAGCAAAAAUGUAUAUAGGUAUCAUUUUUCGCGCGUCGGAGAAAGAGCAACGUACUCAAGCGCUCCGCGAGUGGGUAAGUAUAACCCCAUGUGGACACAGAACAGCUGAUAUGAUCUCUCUCGAAAGAGUCAAGUCUAAGCUAUAAUAAACAAGCCGGGAGCAACGCACUCUUCCCAACAGAGGUCGCCCGCUGUUACGAUUUUUUGUCGAUGCGCGAAUUUUUGCGAAAAUUCAUAAAUACGCUCUUAUCUCCUUCAAACUUCUGAUUCUAAUCUCUCUAGUAAUGCUGGCGCCUAGACUGCUGUGAUUUCGCGAACAACUAAUAUUGAAUAGUGCAAAUAUUCUACGACAAUGAUUGUCUAGCCAAGUGUAUACAACGUAAUUCAAAGAAAUGCGAUAAAGUUGAAAAUGUUCUCAUUAUACGUACGUAUAAACGCGGGCAAAACUGCACUUAUCCGUAUGUCCGAGUCGCCUCUGUAGGUAUACGUGUGUUUGGAUUCGGCGAGUACUGAGUAGUGCAGGUUAUGACUCCCCGUCAGCAAUUGUCGUUCGUCGUAUAGACCGCGUUCAAGACUCACGCACACACGCUACACCACACCCCCCCCCCCCCCCCACCCCCCGCACUUCAAUCCAUGAUCGCUGUGUAUUAUGUACGUCAGUACAGCCGGUCUCUUGUUAUACAUCUAGUCCACCUUGCGCGACUCUGUCGUGUGUAUAGAAAGUAUCGUUAUACAAGCCUAUAGCCUGCAGUCGUAUGCACACGUAGAUUAACACUGCGGCUUCUGUGUCGUGUUACACUCGUUCUUAGGGCAAACAUUGACUCCGCAAGGCCUUCUAGUUAUUCUUUGGAAAAUUACUCGCUGCAUUUAUACCAGUGAUAUGGGGAUAUGUAUUGGCCUACCGACGACAGCGAGGUACCUAUACGUUGGAAAUGCGAUUGAUAUUAUUGAUGGAUGCCGAGUUUAGCGCAAAGAGUCGCACGAUGUGGACAGUGAGCGAGAAGUGUUACGCAGCUGACGUCGAAAAUUCGAUAGCUAUCAGGCGGAUCGUCUGCUACUUUUAACUCGCUCGAGUUCAUCAUUGCCAAAUCUGCGAGAAUCAGUCGAAGAGGAUUUUCGAUUGAGUAAGCUAUAUACUCUAUAGUAGUAUGUCGUUCGCGAGGAGAGCGGCUGCUUGCGAACCUAACCUCAAAGUUCGCCUGUGAAAACUUGUGUCGCCGUCAACAUAAUGCAAAGAACAUGAGACUUCUAGGAAGGUUCUGCUGCUGCUGCUGCUGCAGAGAAGGCAGCGUCAGACGGAUCUCUGUCGAUGCUGUAAUACCGCUGUUCACAGUGCCAUUGUUGACUGUCAUCGCUGCCCAAAAUCUCGUCUGCACGAUUCUCGUAUUUCUAAUGUCGCCGCCGCUCGUCUACUACAUCUACCGCAACUUUCUUCGUUUUCUCAUGCGCACGAAAUUUUUCCUCAUGUGGACCAUCAGCAGUGUUCUCAUGCUGAUGGCUAUAUUCGAAAUAAGCGUCGUGCCGCUGCUGGAAAUUCUGCCGGAGGAGAAUUACGUUUUCAUGGCAGCCGUCGUGGCUGGACUGGUUUGCGGCUACAAAACAAGACAGAACGCCGAUCAAGUGGCCCAGGAAGACUUGCAGAUACAAGGAUUGGAACUCGGUGAGAGCAGCGAUGAUAUUUGCAACACGUGCAAGCGUCACGUUUUGCCGAAGACGUUUCACUGCAGAAUCUGUCAGACUUGCAUCCUGAGAAGAGAGUAUCAUUGUAAAUGGCUGGAUUGCUGCAUAGGAGGCAGUAAUUUGCGCUGGUACAUGGGCUGUCUAUUUUGCUCGGCUGUGGCAUUCAUUUAUGGAUCGAACUUAACAAUGACCACCAUCUGCCAUCCUUUUGUUUUCGUCGGCACGGUGCUUUUACCCGACGACUGCAGCGAUGCUUACCAUCAAUUAGACAUCUCGAUCUGUUUCGUAUCGUCCAUUUACAGUCUCACGAUAGGUUUAAUCGUUACGUUUUACUUUUUCUAUCACCUGUGGCUGCAGUACCUCGGCACAACGACCAACGAGAGACGGUUACUUAACAAUGGAAAUGAGCACGACAAAGGCAUUUUGAAGAACGUCAUUCAAUUUUUCUGCUGCAAGUCGUAAAUACGAAUAAGUCACAGAUACCUGUGUGUAAAUACGAAGCCAAAGAUAUUAGCAGGAAAAUGGAAUUAUUUUCUCUGAGGGAAUCUCAACGCUAGACCGAAUUUACGUUCAUCAAACUAAUAUUGGUGUUGAAUAAUUAGGAUAAUCGCAGUUCUAUUAGCAAAAUAAAACUAACUACAUAUCGCUUAUUGGAAAAUGACAAAACUAACUAACGCAUCGUCAUUUUUUUUUUUGCAAUACAUGCAAUUUUAUUACCGUAAAUGUAACUGUGAUAAUUAAAAGGUUAUAGUAUUAUUUACAUUGUCAAACGGUGAUUACUGACUGGCGAAUUCAGCCAAUAACGCGUUGUGUAAGAAAGGUGUCAAUGACUGUUACUUGUACAAUAGUAGCGUAAAAUUUAUAAAAAUACACGUACAUCGAUAUUCUAAAUAAUACUAUUUAAUAAACAA